UUAUUCCUAUGUUUUCUUAAAAUAUAAUGAAACGAAAAAUCGUUACGCAUUUUUAUUUGCACUCACUACAACAUACCUAUAUAAUAACGCCUGCCCAUUUUUAAUUUGUGAUAUAGAUUUAAUAAUUUCUUUACACAACAUUCUUAAAUAAUCCGUUCAACACUUCGUGUAGUUUGUGAUGAUGAAAAACUGUCUGCUACGUACAAGAAGUUAGGUAUACAUCUAUACUUAACGAUAUACUCUAUAAGCAGUUAUAUUUUGCAUUAAAUUUAUUUAACACUUAAGUAACACCCUCUUAUCGAAGAUUAAAUUACUGUUAUCUUUAGUAAUUUUUCUUAAUAAAUAAUUAUUUCUUUCCAAUUCUUGUCUUUUUAAAGUUCUUAUUCUUAUUUCUUCAGCAUCAUAGGUUUACACAUCCACAUGUACCGUAAGUACGUGCGGCGGUAAUCAAUUUUAAAAGUGGAUAGAAAUUCCGUAUAUUUUCUUAGAAAUAUCAAUCAAUUUUCAAAAGAUAAUAGUGUCAAAUUAUUUACUCUAACGUUGCAAAUUUGUUGUUACAUUCUCACAUAAAAUACUUUAGUGUUUCGUGCAUGCGAUGGGAUCUGAUGACACGUCAGAAGUUGAGGUUAAAAACCCGAAGUUACGAAAAAGGAUGAAAAAAAGGGAUAAAUUAGAAGAUACAUCAGACAAUAAUAUUGAACAAGUACAGGAAAAUAAUGAAGAAAAGGUAACUCAGAAAAGGAAAAGGAAAAGGAAACAAAAAUCAAAUAACAGCCAUAAUGUAAAUGGUACUAACAAUGAGAGGAGUAAUGAAGAAGAAAAUAAUUUUGUUGGGGUAACAAAUAAGAAUGAGGGAGAUUCAGAUAAUAAAGUGAACUCUUCAAAAAAGCUCCAAAGAUCAACUACUUUAAACAAUGAUAGUGAUCUAGACAAUAUAGAAGCUGAUGAAAGUGAGGUAAAAAAACCAAAGCAACCUUCUAAGAGGCAACUAAAGAGGGAAAAAGCUGAAAGGAAAGAAAAUGAAAAAAAGGAGGCCACCAGAUUGGAAGCAAUGAAAAAGGGAUUGAACUAUGUAUCAAAGUGGAAACACGCAAGAAGUGAAUGGAAAUUUGAAAAGCUGAGACAGAUUUGGUUAAUAGAUAACCUGUUAGAUGAAACUUGCAUUCCAGAUGAGAUUUUUCCAACGGUUCUAGAAUAUUUUGAAGGGUGCAAAGGUAUGGCAAGGGAACAACUUCUAAAAAAGGGCAUGGAUGUCAUAAAGAAAAUAGAGGAGAACGAGGAGAAUAAGGACGAAAUGGAAACUGUUGCUUACCAAAGGGCAAGACAGCUUUUGCAAGCUUUACCUACUGAAACAUAAUUAGCUCAAGAAUAUACUCGAAACUUGUCAGAUCAUUUUGUACUUCAUAUUGAUUACUACUAGGUGUACUAGCAAAAUUAAAUGUUAAAUAUUGUAUUUUAGAACUUUUUUAAAUUGUUUGCAAAUUUUUUUUAUCGUGCAAUGAAUCUUAGAAACAUAUUUAUACAAACUUUCUUUAUAUCAUAGCAAUCACACGUUUCCAUCAUAAAUCCAUAAAUUUUGUUGUAUAUGUAAUUGUAUUAAGUAUUUGUAAAUAAUAAAAUUUAUCAGUUUA